CGUAGUACGAAAAUAUGCUCAGUACCUUUUAUCGCGUUUUCAGUUUAGGUACGAUUUUUUUCCUUCUAUAUUCGCUAUUCUCGUAAUUGGAUUUCAUUGUUUAUUUUCUGUACAAACAUGUUUCUCGAUUACGACGCGAACAUAUCGACGAUGGUGUAAUUUCGCGACGUGUUAGUAUAAUUAAUUUUUCACCAAUUAUUCUUUGUUGUCCAAUGAUCGUCGGAGGAUUUAUGGGUAUGUCACACAGAUACGCAAUGCUUACUGCAGUGUCACAACAAAGAAGUCAGAAUUCGCACAUUUAUCAUAAUAAUACAUCGCAGUUUUACACCUCUAAUACACCCGGAUCGGUUAAUAUAUUAUUAGGAGGAGCGAUGCUCGGUACGAUGAUUUUAUUCCUGAUAUGGAUGUGUUACUUUUGCCGCUGUAAAGUACCAAAAUCAGAGGAAACUAGUUCGACCACAUCGACGCCUCCAUAUUGGAUCGAUAUCGAUAGUGAUACGAACGAAAGAGGACUCGCGUACGAAGAUGACAUUUACCAGUCAUUUCGUCGAUACUCGGGUGACAUCAAUUUACGUCGUCCCAGUCCACCGCCGACUUACGAAUCUGUGUUCAAUUUACCGCCUACUUACGAAGACGCUUUGAAAUCGAUGAAUCCGGAAAAAGAAAGUAAAUAGGGUAUGGUUUACUACACACACAUAGUAUACGAGCAUACGAUACACCGUGAUGUGAGAAAAAGGUGAUGGCUGAAGGGAUCGAGGACCGGCGACGAAGGGGAGGGGGUGAGUAUUCGCGCCAUUCGACGGUUCGAGCUAAUCGAAAUUUUACGUUCAUUUUUACAAUCACGUUACUACGACGAUUUUUAUAAUUUCAUUCUGUAGUCCUAAUUGUAAAAAAAAAGAAUCGAUACAGUCUUAUAUAAGGACACGUGACUUAGCGCGCCAAUUCAAAAGCGUGCCACUUAUAUCAAAUACUUAUUUAUAGAGUAACUUUAAGGACUACUUAUAAGUUGUAAGUUUUUUAUACUUGAUAACGUUUAUUUUUUGGACAAGUGGCUUAGAUAUAAAAGGUUAUAAGAGCUUUUUAAAAAACCAUACAUACGUCGCUUUUACUACCAUAUACUCGUCUUUUUCCCCAUACUAUAGUACUCCUUGUGCCUAUAUCAUAUACUUGUGUUUCCAUAAAUGGCGAAUGAAUAUCGCUUUGAGCUUAUCAUACUCGUACUACACACAGAUGUACUAUCUCUCUACCGUUCUUUUUUUUCUCCCUCUGCUUUUCGUAUACCUGGCGAUAAUUUGGGAUAUGGGAAUAUUUUUUUUGCCUUCUGUAUACGCGAGUGAAAAACCCUACACCUCGGAAUAGGAGGAAUACGUAUUACGCUAUUAAAGUAUCGUCUCGUAUAUAGACCUUGUCGUCUUUGGGAAUAAUUUCAUAACUCGUAAUUGCAUUUUAUAGUUGAAAUUAAAGGCGGCGGAUACAUUUUCAAACGAUGUAUAAUCUAAUUGCCAACGGUAUACGUCUUGUUGGUGCGGUGGAACGGCUGCGAUGCUAAGCAUCUGUUGAAUUUUAAUUUCGGGUCCCAAUGUCGGAUGCAAAUUCUCAAACAUAUUAGUAUGUAAAUUUAUGAAACCUAGCGUGUGUAUGAUAUUUAAACGUAUAAAUGAUUCGAGUAAAAUUUCCUUUUACCUUUACGCAAUACAGUCGAGUUCCAGGAGUAGGUAUAGAUAAAGCACACUUUUAAUGUUUUGUUUGAGCCGCCAUAUUUAUUAAACCGUAAUUUAAUUAAUAACGCUGUUUGGUUUCGCAGAAUCGAGGAGUUUGUUUCGUUAUUUUAAAUUUUUACUCGAGCGUCGCGACGUUGUCGUCGACGAUAAUUUUUCUUUGUCGAGUGUCCCCCCCCCCACUAUUACAAAAUUUGGCUCGUGUUAACCCUUAAAGGCCUGAACCAAACUGGAAGUGAUCAGAAAAAAUGCUUUCAAUUUGUUGAAUGGGACUUACAUGAAUAUCACUUUAAUGUGUAGUAUGCCACCCUGCCCCUCAAAACUAUUUCGUAAAUGAGGGGUCAAUUUUUUCAAAUUUUUGUAAAUUACGAAAGAGCAAAAUACCUAAUUGGCCCAAAUUUAAGGUAAUCUUAUAUAAUCGCAUUCCACCCACCUAAUUAUUGAAAGCAAAUCCUUGAUGAGCCCCUUCCCAUUUUUGGUGGGGCAUAAAUAUGAAAAAGUUGAGGUAAAAUACGGGCCAAUGUCCUCCAUUUUUAAUUAUAUGAAUUUGUUAACAUGCUUUUACAAAAUAUAAUCACGAAGGGUAUACGCAGUGGGGUACAGAGUGAUUUUUUCAAUCUUUGAUUAACUGGUUUUGUAAAAGUCGCUGAAACAUGAGACGUGAGUACAUCAAGUACUGCAUAUGAGAAUACACUUCACUUAAGUAAAAAGAUACAAAAAUUAUAAAAUGUACAUACAAGCAUGUCUGAGCUUUUUCAGGACUUUUCACUUUCAGUUGCACUAAUAUCUAAAGCUCAUCUGAAUAAAUUUUGCCCAUCAUUCGUAAUUUGGAUGAAGUGAAAUUUUUCUGAUGAUGCCAUUUACAAGACUAAAAGAUUGAACCCACAUAAAGGAAUCAUGAUUAGUUAUGAAAAUUAAUAACUAUGUAAACAAGAAUACGCUUGGUGGCGUAGUGGGUUGAGGCACAGCUUUCUGAACAAGAGGUCGUGGGUUCGAAUCCCACUGGAGACGCAGGCGUUAACGUGUAAUGUAUACAUUGUAGUGCAUUUAACAUUUAUUACACGUUAAGCUCCGAGCACCAGAACAGCAGAGGCAACAGAAAUGCACGCAAUCUUUUGCCGGUAUCAAAAAGCUGUAACUGUUUUGAGCAACUAUAGGUAGUGAUGAUUACGGAACUCAGGGUUGUAAAAACCCGGCUAGUGAUGUAUGAGCUACUUUGUAGAUAGUGUAGAAAGCAAUGGGAAACUACUACGUGACAGCUCAAAACAACGUCGAUUCCCUAGAAUAUGAGGUCUGGUAAAGCUCUUUAAUACAAGUAUGGAAAAAGAUUAUGCUCUUAAGAAAGUCAUAGCAUUUUACGUAAGUAUGUGUUACAUACUGCGCAUGACAGGUUGAUGUCGUCACACGGUGGAGCAACCAAUUGGGUGCAACGUUGUACGUGAACAGCUGAUCUGAUGCGUGCGCAGUACGUAAAACUUACAUAAAAUUCUAGGACUUUCUUAAGAGCAUAAUCUAUUUCCAUACUCAACUAAGUUCCUGGAAGCCAUUCUGAGAGGUAGAAAAUGCAACACUGGAGUGUUCGCGAACACGUUGUCCAGAAGAUUGGACCUUCCUUUAAUACUGUUAUAAGUUUCAAGUUGAUUGGGUGAAUUUUGCGGGAUUUAUAGCUGUUUAAAGUGAACAACUUUUAAGGUCGCGUCAUAAAACUUUUGAGGAGUGACUUGAGGAGGAUCCUCGAGUCAGGGAGAUUGGACUUUGAGUUGGGGGAGAGGUAAAUGUCUUGAAAGGUCAAACGCGAUGUUAAAAAAAAUUAAGGAAAUGUUUGAGGAAGAUCAGGUGAUUAAAACCUCACAAUAAGUAAGCCAUGAGAUUCUUGUUGCCAAGUGGCUGUGAGGAAAUGUCCUCCGAGGCGAGUAAAAAAUAAUUUUCAAAGGAGAUUGACCUCAUGAGUCGUUAUUGUAGUCUUCCUUCAACUCAAAGCAUCGUAUUUUUAUUCAAUGCUCCCAUUUAGAAAACUGUUUUGUGUCCCUCAGAGGUAAAUUCUUCAAAAUUAUAGUGGAGGUUUUUGAGUCCUUCUCAAAAAUGCAAUGGGUGUUGAUUCUCAGGUAAAAACCAACUGAGAAUGAAGUAGAGGUCCCUAGGAAUCAAAUCUGGGGUGUAGAAAUAGUGAGGAGACACUAAGAUGUCUUGAGGAGGUGACCAUUCCUCCAAGAAGUAAUUUGCAACCAUCCUUUUCCCAACGUCAUAUCAAAAGUUACAUUUGAAAAAUACGCACCAAAAGAAAUGGAACAACCUAUGGCUUUAAAACUUCGAACAUUACUAAAGGAAUAAGGUCCAACCUACUGGACAACAUGUUCGCGAACACUCCAGUGUUGCAUCUUCUACCUCUCAGAAUAGCUUCCCAGAACUUAGUUGCCAGACCUCGUAAUCGCAGUGGCAUAGGCAUUCGCCUCACCCUGUUAGGGUACCACAAAAAUGUGAUUUCCAAUGUCCUGUAAAGGAUAUAAGGAACCACAAUGACAAAACAAGAAUGCAUGAGCUUUUACAGAACUUUAAGCUGACAGCUACUCACACCUCUAAAGCACAUCUGUAUAUAUUUCACACAUCAUUUGUAAUUAAUUUGGAUAGUGAAGUUUUUGUAUGAUGAUGCAGUUUACUUGACUAAAAGAUUGGACACACAUAAAGGAAUCAUGAUUAUUGAUUAGUUACAAAAAUUAAUAACCAUAUAGACAAGAAUGCCUGUGCUUUUUCAGAACUUAAAGCUGUCAGCUACUCUCACCUCUAAAGCACAUCUACAUAUAUAAAUUUCACACAUCAUUCAUAAUCAAUUUGGAUAGUGAAAUUUCUGCAUGAUCAAUUGAUGAUGAUGUGCCCAAUCAUGUAGUGGAGGAAACUGCAUCAGUGUACAAAUAUUUCAUUAACCAAAUUAAUUACAAAUGAUGUGUGAAAUUUACAUAGAUGUGCUUUAGAAGUAUGAAAAGCUGACAGCUUUAAGUUCCAAAAAAGCUCAGGCAUUCUUGUCUAUACCUUUGACUAUAUAUACAUGGACUGCUAUCUCCUAUUGUUCUUGAACGGGAAUCGUGAAGCCAAAGCAAUAGCGAUACUUAAUCGGGACAUGGGCUCUGAGCAUGCGCGAGAUUUCGUUGCAACGAGCUGUGCGGUUGUUGGAACGUAGGAGGGUGUCCGUUGCUGGUGAUUGGAAGGUGUGAGCGCAGUUCGGAUUCCUGCGCGCGCAUGAAAAUUCCCGAUGCUCCCGAUUAAGUACCUCUAUUACUUCGGCUUCAUCGGCGACAAUGAAGAUAGCAGUCCAUGUAUAUAUAGUCAAAGGUCUAUACGGUUAUUGACUUUUGUAACUAAUUGAGAUUCCUUUAUGUGUGUCCAAUCUUUUAGUCUAGUAAACUGCAUCAUCAUACAAAAAUUUCACAAUCUAAAUUAAUUACAAAUGAUGUGUGAAAUAUAGAUGUGCUUUAGAGGUGUGAGUAGCUGUCAGCUUGAAGUUCUGUAAAGCUCAGGCAUUCUUGUUUACAUAGUUAUUAAUUUUCAUAACUAAUCAUGAUUCCUUUAUGUGGGUUCAAUCUUUUAGUCAUGUAAACGGCAUCAUCAGAAAAAUUUCAGGUCAUCCAAAUUAUGAAUGAUGGGUAAAAUUUAUUCAGAUGAGCUUUAGAUAUUAGUGCAACUGAAAGUGAAAAGUCCUGAAAAAGCUCAGGCAUGCUUGUAUACAUUUUAUAAUUUCCAUAUCUUUUUACUCAAGUAAAGUGUAUUCUCAUAUGCAGUACUUGAUGCACUCACGUCUCUUGUUUCAGCGACUUUAUGAAACCAGUUAAUCAAAAAUUGAAAAAAUCGCUCUGUACCCCACUGCGUAUACCCUUUGUGAUUAUAUUUUGUAAAAGCAUAUUAACAAAUUCAUAAAAUAAAAAUGGAGGACAUUGGCCCGUACUUUACCUCAACUUUUUCAUAUUUAUGCCCCACCAAAAAUGGGAAGGGGCUCAUCAAGGAUUUGCUUUCAAUAAUUAGGUGGAUGGAAUGUGAUUAUAUUAGAUUACCUCAAAUUUGGGCCAAUUAGGUAUUUUGCUCUUCUGUAAUUUACAAAAAUUUGAAAAAAUUCCCUCAUUUACGAAAUAGUUUUGAGGGGCAGUGGGGCAUAAUGCACAUUAAAGUGAUAUUCAUGUAAGUCCAAUUCAACAAAUUGAAAGCAUUUUUUCUGAUCACUUCCAGUUUGGUUCAGGCCUUUAAAGCUUAAUUAGAUUUUAAUCAAAUUCUUCAACGUACAGAGACAGACCCCAAUAAAUAGAUUUUUUCUACAGAAAAGGCUGCUAAAGUAAAAAAAAGCUCAUCUUGUUACGAUGUAAAAAAAAUAACAUACACGUGUCAAAAAAGUAAUCUUCAUGGAACAUCGAAGUAUAAAAAAUUCUAUCCAAAAAACCGCAUACUUUAGUAUAAUUUCGUCUGCGUAUCUCGAUUCAAACGAACGCUAGACGAGCCUGUUCAAAUACGUCGAAAAUAUUUCCACCAUAUUGAAAUUACAUCCAAAGUAUCGCCUACCUUUUUACUUCGAAUAAAGGCAUAACGAUAAAGACGGGGCAGAGUAAGGGAGACGAAAAGGCCAGCGUAGAAUUGAUUAUACAGUAUAAGUUCGCGACGACACAGGUUUUCUACAAACUUGACCCCGGAAACAAAGUGAUCUUAAAUUUUGGAAUUUUAUAACCCGGCGGUAGCCAGAAAGUAUUCUCGCAGGGUUCCUUUUUUUUCACCUUUCAAGAUAAAAUUCGACAAUAACACGAGACUGGCUGGCAAAUUACACUCUUAUGAAAUUUUCGCGCCGAAAAUAAAGUCAAAAAUGUCGAAAUCGUGUUAGAAUUUGAGCAGGUGUUUGUGUAAACAUUGUACAUUGGUAUAAAAGUAUCUGGUAAUAUACAUCCUAGGUGUCCUUUAGAGCUUAGAGCGUAUUUCCUAAAUAUGAACUUAUCACCCAAAAGUACUCCGAACUUAUUAGAAAUUGCGUUUUUUCUUUCGUCAUUUACCAAACUAGUAGACUAGAUAUCCAGUUGAACAAUUUUUUUAUACGCACGUGUCGUUAAAUGGAAGAGAGAAACAUUUCCACGGUUUCUUCAUUUCGACUAAAUAAAGAGUAAUUUUUAUAGAUGUGUGACAAUUCCGAACCAUAUACGUAGACGUACGUACGUAUAAGAUGGUGAAAUUGUGACUUUUUUUUUCAUCUUUCUCUAUCUUACGUUUAGUUGUUGUUAAGGUGUUUUUUUUUCUUCUCUCUUUCUCGUACCUAUAUGUGCGUUAUAUUCGACGCAACUAUACGUAAAACUCCUUGUGGACUAGUAAAAUGUACAAUUUCGAGGAUCGAAACGCUUUAUCGGCUCGAAUUCGCACGUAAUACGAAAAAACUUGGACGAGAAUUUUGCCUAAACUCUGUAUAUCGAAGGCGGCGUUAGGUAAGUAUACGAGACUAACAAGUUUUAUAACGCCUUCAAUAUUGAAUUCGGUGAAAUCCUCGUGUAAUCUUUUUUAUAGCUGGGAUUUGGUUAUAUGGAAUUGGAUCAUUGUUAUGGUAUUAGUUGCUCGAUUUUUUACGCGGUUCGGAAAGGCAAGAGAGGUGAUAAAUGAAGGUACAUUUGGUUGAGUGGAGAAAAGAGGGAAUAGGCCAAUGUUCGUAAAAAUUUUGAUGCGGUUUCUAAAAAGUGAAAAUGUUGAAUUUUUAAUAUUUACAUAGGAACAUAGAAUGUGUGGGGAAGAGAUAGUCGAUAUUUUUCUUCAAUUCUGGCUCGAUUUCUAAAUUGAGUGAAGUCAUGAACCCAUGAUUGAUCAACAUUUUUCAAGGUAGUUUUCAGGUGUAGAAUUUCAUUUUUCAAUUUUCGAUGAUGAUGAAUUUUUGUGAAUUAAAAACGAUCCUGGUAUUUUCUAUAAAAAUGAUCAAAAUUUGGUAAAAUCGAGGAGAAAAGUGAAAUUUCAUUUAUGUUUCGCUCUUGAUCUCCCGAAUCGAUUUGUGAUGAGUACGUUAAAAAAAGCAGGAUAAAAAAAUGAUUUGAUCCUGAAAACUGAUAUUCUUUCGACAAUUUGUCGCCUUGUUUUACUCGAGCAGACACAGACACAGUUUUUUGAACGGACCCAAUCUUAUGAACCACCCGCAUUAUGUAAACUUUCCUUCAAUAAAGCUGUAAGCACGGUUGCAUUGCCCUUACCAUAUUAUUAUCUCAUCUCGAGAAAUCCAAGCCAAAAUUUUAUGAUUUUCGAUUCCAUAAUUAUGACCAAUCAUUGUCGAAAUAAAAAAAUUAUUUUACCCUCAAAAAUAGACUUUUGAAUAAAAAAUCGAUUAAUCGAAUCACAAAAAUUGAUUUAUUCGCGAUUUUUUCGACGCCGUAUGAUCGAACGUGAUCGAAAUGAAGAAGAACUUUUAGCUUCAAAAUUAAACUUCCGUAUCAAAAAUCGAUUAAUCGAAUCCCAAACAUCGAUUCAUUUUCGAUUUUCGAUCUCAAAUGAUUUAGUAUGUUCGAAAUGAAAAAAAUAUCCAGGUUCAAAAAUAAACUAUCAGAUCAGAAAUCGAAUAUUAUCAAAAAUCGAUUCAUUUUCUAUUUUUCACCCCAUGUAAUGAAUGUGCUCGAAAUGAAAAUUAAUUUCAGCUUCAAAAAUACCUACACUUUUUGAUCAAAAAUCGAUUAAUCGAAUCCCAAACAUCGAUUCAUUUACGAUUUCUCACCACAUGUAAUCGAACGUGCUCGAAAUGAAAAAAUUAAUUUCAGCUUCAAAAAUACCUACACUUUUUGAUCAAAAAUCGAUUCAUUUACGAUUUUUUACCUCAUGUAAUCGAACGUGCUCGAAAUGAAAAAUUAAUUUCAGCUUCAAAAAUACCUACACUUUUUGAUCAAAAAUCGAUCAUUACCAAAAAUCGACCAAUCGAAUCUCAAAUAUCGAUUCAUUUGCGACUUUCUAUCUCAAAUUGGUUUAGUAUGCUCGAAAUGAAAAAAAAAGUCCCGGUUCAAAAUUAAAUUACCAGAUCAGAAAUCAAAUAUCAAAAAUCAUUAAUCGAAUCCCAAUAAUCGAUUCAUUUGCGAUUUUCGAUCUCAAAUGAUCGAGUAUAUGUACUCGAAAUUGAAAAUUAAUUUUAGCUUCGAAAAACACUUCCGGGUCAAAAAUCGAUCAAUAUCGAAAAUCGAUUAAUCGAUCAAAUCUCAAAUAUCGAUUAUUUUGCAAUUUUCAAUCACAAAUGAUUGAGUAUGCUUGAAAUGAAAAAAAAUUCUGGUCUCAACAUGAACUACCAGAUCAUAAAUUAUUGUUUAUUAUCAAAAAUCGAUUAAUCGAAUCCCUAAAAUCGAUUAAUUUGCGAUUUUCGAUCCAAACUGAUCGAGUAUGCUCGACAUCAAAGAUUAAUUAUAGCUUCAAAAAUCGAUCUUUAUCGAAAAUCAACUAAUCGAAUCCCAAAAAUCGAUUCAUUUGCGAUUUUCAAUCCCAAAUGAUCAAGUAUCCCCGAAAUCAAAAAUUAAUUUCAGCUUCAAAAAUACACUUUUCGAUCAAAAAUCGAUCAUUAUAUCAAAAAUCGACCAAUCGAAUCUUGAAUAUCGAUCCAUUUGCAAUUUUCUAUCUCAAAAUGAUUGAGUUUGCUCGAGAUGGAAAAAAAAGUCCAAGUUCAAAAAUAAAGUACCAGUAUCAGAUCAGAAAUUGAACAUCAUCAAAAAUCGAUUAAUCGAAUCUCAAAUAUCGAUUAUUUUGCGAUUUUCGAUCCUAAAUGAUCGAGUAUCCUCGAAAUCAAAAAUUAAUAAUACACUUCUCGAUCAAAAAUCGAUCACUAUCGAAAAUCGAUUAAUCGAAUCCCAAAAAUCGAUUCAUUUGCGAUUUUCGAUCCUAAAUGAUCGAGUAUCUUCGAAAUCAAAAAUUAAUUUCAGUUUCAAAAAUACACUUCUCGAUCAAAAAUUGGUCACUAUCGAAAAUCGAUUAAUCCAAUCCCAAAAAUCGAUUCAUUUGCGAUUUUCGAUCUCACAUGAUCGAGCAUGUUUGAAAUUAAAAAUCAAUUUUAACUUCAAAAAUACACUUCCAGAACAAAAAUCGAUUAAUCAAAACUCAAAUAUCGAUCCAUUUGCGAUUUUCGAUCUCACAUGAUCGAGAAUGUUCGAAAUUGAAAAUCAAUUUUAGCUUCAAUAAUACACUUUUAGAUCAAAAAUCAAUCAAUAUCGAAAAUCGAUUAGUCGAAUCUCAAAUAUCGAUUCAUUUGCGAUCUUCGAUCUCACAUGAUCGAGUAUGCUCGAAAUACAAAAUAAAAUUUCGCUUAAAAAAGGAACUUUCGGAUUAGAAAUAAAUUAUUAUCGAAAAUCGAUUAAUCGAAUCCCAAAAAUCGAUUUAUCAAAGAUUUUUGAUCUCAUACAAUGGAGCAGGUUUGAAAUGAGAAAACAAUUUUAGCUUCAAGAAUAAAUUUCCGGAUCAAAAAUCGAUCAAUAUCGAAAAUCAAUUUAUCGAAUCUCAAAAAUCGAUUCAUUUUACCGAUUAGAUUCGGAAUUACUCGCAUAAAUUACGUUCAAAAUACCUACCGAAAAGUUGUUGUUUUUUCAAAAAUUGUGCGCCCUCUGCUUUUUGGGAAAUUCUUGUUGACCACUUAAGUCAUUCUACUUAUAAGUUCACCCCUUGAGUAAAAUCGAUUACAUAACUCAUUCAUAUGAUCCAUGAAAUCAACUGAAGGGGGAAAAAUUCUAAAAUUUCGUAUACGCCUCCUCUUCCCUUCUUUCUGACUACUCCUGACCUACAUCAAGAAGUUUCGAAUUUCAUCAUUUCCAUCGCGAAUCAAGUUAUGAAACCAGAUACCAGCAAGGUAACUUGGAGAAUAAUUCGAUAUCUGAAUUCAAUGGGGAGGGGGGUGGGUGAAAAAAAUUUUUAAAUCGUUUCAAAUCAUCGCAACAAAAUUUCCACGCAUGAAAACCUCAGAACGAAAAAUGAUGCCGUAUCAAAAAAAAAUGAAAAGGAAAAAAAAUUUCAUUACAGCUUUCUCUUCUUCCUCACAACUUCCGUCAACCCAGAAAUACAUUUUUUUGUUCUUCUCAACGAAAAGCUCGCAUAGUAUAGGCAGGUAUUAUAUAGGAAAAUUUCAAGAUAAUUGGAAAAUUUGGCCAUUAAAUCGCUAAAUAUUCGGCAAUUUGCGGGCAAACAGCGAUGAGAAAAUAUCACAAAAUUUCACGGUUCUGCGAACACGAUACUAUAUAGGGUAACCCUUUUAAUACCCUUUUCGAAAAGAACGCGCUAAUAACCGUAAGAUUGAAUGACCAAAUUUUUUAAUUUUCUCCUGCGAAUAAGAGAACGCUGCAGCCGGUAAACCUUUGGCACGCUUUAUCAAAAAAAAGGAGGAAAAAAAGAAUGAGAAAAAGACCACUAAGCUAGGAAUUUGUACAAUGAGGGGAUUUUUUUUCUCGUGAAAGGGAAAUGAAAUACCGAAAAUUAUACCUGUUAGGGAUCACGAUGAUGGCUUAUGACUUCCGCUGCGACGGCAACACUUUUAAUCAAAAAGGUAGGAAUUCAUUUGGUAGAAAAUUUCACAAAAGAGCGCCGCAAACUUAAUAGAAUCCUUUUUGGUAAAAGUUUCACGUUAAUAUAAAUAGGAAAAACUUUGAAAACCAGCGUAAAGAUUUUCUCAUCGCUAAUCCAUAAUAUUCUUAUUCAAAGGAAAAUUUUAUUCAUCAUUUUGCUUCUAUAUAUAUAUUUUAUGCGGAUUCAAUACUCGAAUAAAACAGGAUUAGCUGACCUUAAAAACCAUGUACCACGAAAGAUAGGAGCAAAGUAAAGGUAUUGGGGAGGGGGAGAUCCCUGCGAGCGGCGCUAAUCAUAAUAAAAAGCAUUACAAUCCCACCUUUUGCCCCUUCACCUCGUGCAAUUCGCGACGCCGUUCUUCUCUAUAACUUUUACACUUCAACGUACAUCUUUCAUCGUAAAACCAUCACGAUAUGAAUUUUUAUUCCCAACGCCACCGCGAAACCGAUAUAAAAAAGCAAGUUGAAUUUUUAUCGUCUCAUUUCGAUGCUACCGCGUAAUAUUCAAGCUAGGAAAAAAAAAGGAGGAAAAAGAGAAAAAGAAGCAAAAAGAAAUCGUUUACGUUCGUAAAAUAUUUACGACUUAAUAGCUACGCUUGGUCGUGUCCGCCUUUGGCCAUGUAUCUUGACCUAAUUUAGUGAAAAUUUUGAUUCGCUGUCGUCUCUUUUAGUAGGUAGUAAGCUACGUAUACGUAGAAAUACGAUACCUUUGUUUGCGCUCGAUUUAAUUACAAACCUCGACUCGACUUCGACUUGGUGUAAGGAUAGCACUAUAAUCGUAGAUACCUUUCGUAACUAAUUUCCUAUCACUUCCUUCAUCAAACUUAUCACUUUCUGCUGCGAAUCCGUUUCGUUGUUAAUUUUCAAUACAUCUGCCGCAAUCACUUUUCAUCCUCUUUUAUAUAAGCGUUCGCGUUCCAAGUUUCAUUGUUGUGGUUUUCGCAAAACUCCAACAUCGAGAGUUUGUCUUUAGGCGAAAUUUCAAUCUACAAAUAUAUACUAUAUAGGCCAAGUUGCCAACAUUAAUUAAACUUUUUCCAUCCCUUCAAACUAUACUUAUAGAUAGGUACACACUAUCUCAGCUUCUUCAUCUUCCCUGCUUCCCAAAUUUUCGCCAAAAUUGCCCGCAAUAAUUGGACAAUCAUCGGUAUAAUAUUCGCUGACCUAGGUAGUAGGAACAUAUUGUAUGUGUAGCUGUGUAAAUUAUCCGGUUUCCCCCUCCCCCUUUCUCCAUCCCUGUAUUUCAAUUAUUAUAAUUUACUAUUACUUUUACCUACCUAUAUAUUACUGUACCUAUUUAUACUGUGUAAAAUUUUCACCUGAACAAAGGGGUACUUGAAAAAUUCUUACAUUAUCUUAUGAACAUAUUUUUUUUUAUACAUAACUUUACAAUCAUAUCAGUCUGUGAUGAACACAUAUCCAAACUUAAACGAGCUUAUUUACAGAGCUGUAUUGUUUAAGUAUUUUAAGUAUUUUUUUUUAUUCUAUGUAAAUGUUAAUAUUUUGUACUAAUAUAUUUAAGAAGUGUUUUUUCAAAUAUUUUUUUGUUUUGUUUUGUUUUUUACUAUCGAAGUGAUGCCUGGCAUGAGCUUUUUUUAAUGUAAACCAUCGCUUGUAGUGGCUUUGUUAAUGUAAAAUAUUAAAAAUUUCAUUUGUGUGUAUGAUCUUGUACUAUAUGAUAUGUUACGGUGUAAAAACAAUAUAUUAUACGUACAUUUUUUUCCUUUA